CUCUUUUCCUUCUGUAUUGGCUUGUUUUCUCUCUUUUCCUGUCGACUCUGACGACUUUGUGAUCCUGAGCAGAGGAAAGUUGGACUGCAGCGCUGGGAGGUGAGAGUCUGAGGACAAACCCUAUGCAUUUUCAGGAGUGGUUAGGGUCACUUCGCUCCAGCUCGGGACUCAAAGGCUCUGAAGGUGACGACUUCUGGAGACUUCUGCCAUCUCUGCCUCUGUCCUCCUUGUCUCUGUCCACGCUGUCUCUGUCCCCCUCCUCUCUGCUGGGCCUGGGAGCGCUGGCCUCCCUCACUGCGUACUGGCUGGUGACCCGUCCUCGACCCAUGCGUCCCCCCUGCGAUCUACAAGCCCAGUCCGUAGCUGUGAACGGAGAUCCCAGCUGCAGGAGAUCGGCUCUUCUUAAGGAUGACUCCCUGCUGGAGUAUUACUACGAUGACACCAGGACGUAUUACGACAUGUUCCAGAGAGGCCUGAGGAUCUCAGGAAAUGGUGCGUGCCUUGGCUCCAGGAAACCGGGUCAGCCCUACCAGUGGAUCUCCUACACUGAGGUGGCUGAGCAGGCGCAGGUUCUGGGAUCAGGGCUGUUGGCUAAAGGCUGUCAGCCGAACCCGCAGCAGUUUGUCGGUUUAUUUGCACAAAACAGGCCAGAGUGGAUCAUCGCAGAGCUGGCCUGCUACACUUACUCCAUGGCGGUGGUGCCUCUUUAUGACACACUGGGGCUGGAGGCCAUGGUCCACAUACUCCACUUGGCGGAGAUCACCCUGGUGAUCUGUGACAGCGAGGAGAAGGCAGCCGCUCUGUUAGAGAACAAGGAGCAAGGCGUGACUCCCAAGCUCUCCUGCCUGGUGCUCUUCAACAGUUUCAGCGAGGCCUUCGUAGAGCGGGCGAAGGCCUGCGAGGUGGAGGUUUUGAAACUGGAGCAGCUCAUGGAGCUGGGAAGGCAGAACCUCAAAGAUCCUGUGCCGCCCCAGCCCCAGGAUCUGGCCGUGGUUUGCUUCACCAGUGGAACCACAGGGAAGCCCAAGGGAGCCAUGAUCACCCACGGCAACAUCGCCUCCAACACUUCCUCUGUCAUUAAGAUCCUGGAGGGUUCGUUUGUGAUCCAGCAGGAGGAUGUGUCGAUCUCGUACCUGCCGCUUGCCCACAUGUUUGAGAGGAUGAUUCAGGUCUCUAUGUUCUGCCACGGGGCCAGAGUUGGAUUCUACCAAGGGGACAUUUCUCUCCUCAUGGACGACAUUAAAACUCUCAAACCCACCUUCUUUCCUGUCGUGCCACGUUUACUCAACCGCAUCUACGACAAGAUCCUGGGCUCGGUGACCUCUCCGCUGCGGCGGGCUUUGCUUCACUACGCUGUGAGGAGGAAGCAGGCGGAGCUGAGCAGCGGGGUUGUACGUAACAACAGUCUGUGGGACAAACUGGUGUUCAACAGGAUCCAGGCCAAUUUAGGAGGAAAUCUGCGGUUUGCCCUGACGGCUUCAGCACCCAUCUCCCCCACGGUGCUGUCCUUCCUCAGGGCCACGCUCGGCUGCCUGAUAUUUGAGGGCUAUGGUCAGACAGAGUGCACCGCCGGCUGCACCUUCUCUAUGCCGGGGGACUGGACCGCAGGUCACGUUGGAGCUCCUUUACCCUGCGCCAUAGUGAAGGUGGUGGACAUCCCCGACAUGAAAUACUACGCUAAGAACGGAGAAGGAGAGAUCUGCAUCCGCGGCCCCAGUGUGUUCAGGGGCUACCUGAGGGAUCCAGAGAGGACGGCUGAGGCCUUGGACAGCGACGGCUGGCUGCACAGUGGGGACGUGGGCCAGUGGCUUCCAAACGGGACGCUGCGCAUCGUGGACAGAAAGAAGCACAUCUUCAAGUUGUCCCAGGGAGAAUACAUCGCUCCAGAAAAGAUCGAAAACGUCUACAUGCGCUGUGUUCCUGUGCUCCAGGUGUUUGUGCACGGAGAUAGUUUACAGUCUUAUCUCAUAGGCAUAGUUGUGCCUGACGUGGAGGUGUUUGUUGACUGGGCUAAAGAGCGGGGAUUUAUCGGGUCCUACGAGGAGCUGUGCCAGAGUCCUGAUGUGAAGAAUGCAGUAUUAGAGGACAUGAGAGCCGUGGGAAAGGAAGCGGGGCUGAAGUCCUUAGAACAAGUGAAAGACCUUCACUUGCAUCCGGAGACGUUCAGCGUCGCCAACGGCCUCCUCACACCCACCCUGAAAAGUAGACGUGCCGACAUCCGCAGAGUCUUUGAGGAACAGAUAUCCAGCAUGUACAGCAAGACGGCCAUUUAAUUACAGGACUCUACUCAGUAAUUCACACAGCCAGGAGUAACUGGUGUCCAAUAAGGGGGGGGGGGGGAGAGA